AUGAGAAUUGACCGUUUUCGCACUAUGUGGGGCAUUGAGCCCGGAACCAACUUGGAUAACUGGGCUGAGUGGUUCAAAGAACUGAAAACGCUUGGCUACAACGGCGUCGAAGUCAACAUUCACCAACUAGAUCCCAAACACGAGAUCCCGCGACUACGACAGAUUUGCGAUGACCUGGACUUUGAUAUUAGCGUCCUGUCAGUCAACCUCACAAUCACAUCUAGAUACACCAAAACAACAGAACCGGGCCACUCCUCCUGGAUCGAUUACUUAGGACCUCGCCCGGUCGGCUUGAAAGCGAGAGACCACUUGCAAAACUAUCGAGAGGCCAUCCAGCUUGCUGAACCUCUCAGGCCAGUGUCUUUUAACUUUCAGUCCGGAGAAGAUGCCUGGGAUAUCGAAGAGUCCAUUUUAUUCUACCGCGGGACACUUGAAGUGGAUAAAGAACUCGGUCUUUCUGGUCGGGUCUACCACGAGACUCACCGCAACCGAUCAUUAUUUACCCCAUAUGCAGCCCAACGUAUAUUACAUGUCGUGCCUGAGCUUCGCAUCACAGCCGAUUUCUCACACUGGAUGGUUGGACUGGAGCGACUCUUGGAUAUCGGCGAAGGUGAUCGAGCCAUGAUGGAUGCUAUCAUUCCGCACGUAUAUCACAUUCACACGCGAAUCGGAACCACCCAAGCCUCCCAAUGUCCCGAGCCCUUGAAUCCCGUCUUUGAACAGGAAAAGCUCUGUUUUGAGAGACUCUGGAUGAAGGUCCUUCAGUGCAGGUUUGAAGAGGAUCCGGAUUCAAAGAUCAUCUUUUCCCAUGGCCAGGUUGCGGAUGAAGAGGGUAAACGACUACACGUCGCCUUCACACAACUUGCGACAAGCUUCGCGACGGUGAAAUAA